AUGAACCCGCCUCCACCGUCUCAGAAUACGGUGCGGGUUCGCAUGAUAGAUACGAAGUCUGCCAUGUCACUGCAUGCAUUCUCAUUCGUGAAACCAGUUAUGCCAGGCCAUGAGCGGAUGAGCGUUACCACAGUGGCAUUUUUUAUUGAGAAUGAGCGACUGGGAAAGAAAGCAAUGUUUGAUCUGGGGACGCGAAAAGAUUAUUGGAACUCUCCCCCGUUCACGAUGAGACGAAUUGAAGCGGCGAUUCCAGGUGUGAGAAUCGACAAGGACGUUACCGAGAUCCUACAGGAACAGGGAAUGAAACUUAGUGAGAUUGAUGAUAUUAUUUGGUCUCACAGUCACUGGGACCAUAUGGGAAGUCCUUUCCUGUUCCCUAAAUCAACAAAUCUUUGCUAUGGCAAAGGAACAGGCCCGUUUCCUGCAUACCCCGAGAACCCAGAUUCAAAUCUAAACGCGGACGACUUCAAGGAUCGGAAAUGUGUGGAGAUUGAGUGUGACGACCUUCAUAUCGGACCGUUCCCGGCUACAGAUUUCUACGGGGAUGGCUCGUUAUAUCUCCUCGAUACUCCUGGUCACUGGUCUGGUCAUAUAUGUGCACUUGCUCGGACAACACCCGACACAUUCGUCUUCCUUGGUGGUGAUAUUUGUCAUUUCGCUGGUGAUUUUCGACCAACUGAGGACAUUCCUUUUCCGAAUACUAUCCCCAACGAAGCGCUCCUUCAUAGUUCAAAUUAUCCGAUGCCUUGUCCAUGUGAAAUCUUCUCAGAUAAUCAUCCGCAGCUUAGGGAAAUUGGCACGUCAAUCGAUACGAAGACGACGCCAUAUUAUCAGCUCUCUACUCAUGCUCAUUCAACAUAUAAGGAUCCAGCAACGGCCGUGGUGACAACGGCUGCAAUGCAGGAUUGUUUUGACUCGGAUCCCAAUGUCAUGGUCCUGCUAGCACAUGAUACCUGCUUAUUAGAUCAUUUGCCUGUUUUCAAUGACAACCCGGAAAAUGAUAUCAAUGAUUGGAAGGCGCGUGGCUGGAAAGAGAAAUGCCAUUGGGGCUGGCUGGGUGAGCUCCCCCCGAUAUGA